GAAACGGAAGUAAUGAACGAAAACAUGUCGUCGAUUCAGUUUGAAAGUUCUCGCGCUAAAAAGAAAGAUAGAGAGGUAUUGAAGAAGGCAAGACAAGAAUACAUUGAUAAGGUGAGAGAGCAGUAUGAAGCAAAUGAACGUAAGAAAGAGCAGCGCAAGCUACGAGGGGAGGACACGUGGAUGCUGCCCUCUGUCAGUGAUCGUGUGGACCAAGAAGCAAAGGAGUUAGAAAGAAUAAAACACAAGAAAGUGAAGAAAGAAAAGAAACAUAAGAAAGAAAAGAAGAAAAAACACAAGAAACAGAAAGCUGAAUCAUCUGAUGGAUCAGAAUCGUCAGAAGAGGAAGCGAUGUGGGUAGAAAAGAGGGAGGAAGUCCAUUCAACUAAAGAGAUACCUGUUGUUAAAGGCCCAUCUAUGCCCCCUACCGCUCAGCGUGAUAGUUGGAUGGAAGCCCCAUUGGAUAUUAUUCCAACAUUGACUAGAGAUGAUAUAAGGCAUAAGAAGAAGAGAGAAGUUGAAGACGAAAAAGAGAGAAUGGGAGAAAACCUAUUAGAUAAGCCAGGUCAACAUUCUAAAGAACUUAAUCCAUACUGGAAAGAUGGUGGUAAGGGUCUCCCUGAGGAACAGCUUGCUGCUAAGAAGGCCAUGGCCCCAGUAAAUGCCCUGGGAGAUGGUGGUGUCCAAUGGCUGAAGAAGGCUUAUGAUAGGUGUGUUGAGCAGUCAAAGGAGGAGGGGAGAUCACUAGAGGAGGUAGCAGCAGAAAGAUGGGGGUCCAUAGAAGAGCUUGAAAUGAAAAUAUGUGAUGCAGAAAGAGCACAGCAGGAGAAACUAAACAAACAAGAUGAUCGGUCCCGGAGAUCUAGAUGCUCAAGGAGUAGAGACAGACAAAGGAGAAGAUCCAGAAGUAGAAGUCAAUCACCAUAUAGAAAUGAUCGAUCUCCAAAUAGACAUAAAUCCCCACAAAGGUCUAGACGCCGUUCUCGUAGUAGAGACAGAUCCUCUCGGAAAUAUGAGCAAUCCCCAAAGAGAUCUAGACAUCGAUCAAAAAGCAGGGACAGAUCACCAUAUAGAUCAACAGAUCGAAAAACUGACACUGAAAAAGACUCAAAGUUAAAAUCAAUUCGAAGCAGAUUUAUGAAACCAGGUGAGGCACCAAAAGAUUCAAACCCUAGACAAUCUGAGGAUGUACCAAGAUGGAAAAGGACCAGAGAAAGAAGCCCUGAAAGGCCCAGUUGGAAGAAGAAAGGCUUUCUAAAACCUGGAGAAAUGGAUCACAGCAAGGAGGAACGCUCAGAAGAUAGAGACAAUGAGAGGAGUCGUAAAGAUAAAGACAUUGAUAAAUAUGAAGAAAGGAGCCGAGGAAAAGAUAAGCAAGCAAAGGAUGAAAGGUUAAAUAAGGGAGGUAGUUGGAAGAGGGAUAAUAGGAAUGAUGACAAGAUAAUAGAUAAGGAGUAUUCAUCAUCAUCCUCAUCAGGUGCAGACUCUGACUCGGCUACAGGAAGUGAAAGUGAGGAUGAGGCCAAGCUAUCAGCUCCACCUAUAGUCCAGAAGAAGGUACUAACUGAGACAGAAAUGAAUCAAUUAGGAGCCAAAAUACUGAGAGCCGAAAUCAUGGGAAAUCAGUCACUGGCAGACUCACUGAAGCAAGAACUUGAGGAGGCUAGAAAAGUGAAGUCUGAACAUCCAGUCUCAUCUGCAAGUGUUGGGGCGAGUAAUAGCAAAAAGAAUGCUGAGCAGGAAGAAGUGGUUCUUACAAGAACUGAUAGAUCUGGAAUGGUCCGUCCGUUACAAGGGCAACAACAUCCUAUUGAAGCAAGGGGAGGCAGAAGGAAAAAACAAAAGGUGGCCACUCAUGACACGAAAGGUAAAAGGGAAAGAUAUUUUGCUGAUGAUGACAAGCACAGUCUUCACUCAAUGUUUGAAGCAGAGAAGCUUGGUACAGCUGAAGACUCUAAUGCAAUGUUUGCACGACUAGCUGGAAAGAGUGUUGAAAAGACGGAUGAUGAGUACCAGAUAGAUGAUGUAUUUGUAAAUAGAGCAAAUAAGAAAAUAUCUGAUUCCAAAACUGAGGAGCGGGAAAGAUCUAUGGCUAUCAAAGAGCAUCGUGAUACAGCCAAGGCCCUUGAUAACUGCACCCGCUGUUUGGAUCAUACUCACAAGCAUCUCAUCAUAUGUAUUGGUUCUAAGGUGUAUCUUAGUGUUCCACAAAAUAGAUCCAUGACUGAAGGCCAUUGUUUGAUAGUACCACUGCAGCAUGUCACAUGUGCAACUGCUUUGGAUGAAGAAGUCUGGGAGGAAAUUCAGGUAUUUAGAAAAGCUCUCACGAAGAUGUUUGAGACGGAAGAUAGAGAUUGUGUUUUCAUGGAAACAGCCAUGAAGUUCCGUCAACAGAGGCAUAUGGUGAUAGAGUGUAUACCCAUGGAGAGGGAGGUUGGAGAUAUGGCUCCUAUAUAUUUCAAGAAGGCCCUAAUGGAGUGUGAGAGUGAAUGGGCCCAGAACAAAAAGGUAGUUGACCUAAAAAACAGAGAUGUCCGUCGAGCAAUCCCCAAAGGUUUCCCAUACUUUAGCGUCGAUUUUGGACUUCAGAGUGGCUUUGCUCAUGUUAUAGAAGAUGAGCAGACUUUUCCACAUUAUUUUGGACGUGAAAUAAUUGGUGGAAUGAUUGACUGUGAUGUCAGAUUAUGGAAAAAGCCACCACGGGAAAGUUUUGAGGAUCAGAGACAAAAAGUUUUAAAGUUUGCUAAAACAUGGAAGAUAUUUGACAUCACCAAUAAGUCAGAUGAUUAG